GCCGGAGCGGAGCCGAGCGGGGCCGAGCGGGGCCGAGAGGGGCCGGGGAGGCCGCGGCAGGCGAAGACCCACACUGGUGGCAACAGCAGCGCCGGGACCCAGCUCCCAGCCCGGCCUUGCGCGUGUGUGGGGUGAUGCCCUUGAAGGCUGUGGGGGUGCCAACACCCCCGAUGUCCCCUCCUGUGUAGCAGGAAGCUGCUGCCCCCCCCCCGCCCCACACCGUACGUGAUUGCUGCUGGGGGGGAGCGAGGAAGACGCUCGUCACCGCGCCGGCGGCACCGGGGCCGAGAUGUCGGCGCAGUGGCGGGUACUGGAUGAGCCCGGCACAAACAUCCCUAAAACACCUUAACUGAGGCCACCCCUCGGAGGGUUAAAAAGGCCCUUCCUGGGGCCACCGUAAGGCUAAAGAAUUGUCACAGUCCCUCUGUCGAGGACAGACAGACAGACAGACACACAGCCCCAAGAUGGCUCAGGCGAGCCUCCUGGCCUGCGAGGGCCUGUCCGGAGUGUGCCUCGUGCCCACCGUGGCCAGCAAGAAGAUGAUGCCGAAGCCCAGCUCCAAGCAAGGGGAGAGCAGGGAGCGGGGGGGGAGCCCCGACGUGCUGGCGCUGCGGCAGGACCCGGACAAGCCACGCAGCCGGAAGGAUGAGGACGCCCCCGAGGCCACACACAUCAAGAAGUCCAGUAAAAAGCGCCGCAAGCGUGUGUCCGGCGCCGAGGGACCCGGCAGCGCGCCGCGGAGAGGACCGCGCCUCGGCAGCCAGGUGCUGGUCAUGGAGCAGAACGGUCCCUUCCAGGCGCAGAGCCCCAAGAACUUCAUCUGCGAGCACUGCCUGGGCGCCUUCCGCAGCAGCUACCACCUCAAGAGGCACAUCCUCAUCCACACCGGGGAGAAGCCCUUUGAGUGCGACGUGUGCGACAUGCGCUUCAUCCAGAAGUACCACUUGGAGCGGCACAAGCGGGUGCACAGUGGGGAGAAGCCGUACCAGUGCGAGCGCUGCAUGCAGAGCUUCUCCAGGACAGACCGGCUGCUGCGGCACAAGCGCAUGUGCCAAGGCUGCCAAACCAAGAGCCCCGACGCGCAGCUCCUGCUUUAAGAGGCCACCGGGAAUGCCGACCGGGAAUGCCGCCGGCAGCUCCAGGGGUGGUUGGUUUUCCUUCCUCCCUCUCCUUCUUCAUCAUCCUCAUCCUCUUCCUCCACCUCUCCUGCGUUUCAUCCCUGGACGCUAGCCCGGACUCUUGGAGCCAACAGCAUUUGGAAAAGGAGCUGGAAAAGCCCAUUCCCAAUGGGAAGAGCACAGGAUGCCACCUGCAGACCUUCCCCCCGUCUCUCUACACCCCCAUUUUAUCAGCCCCCCCCCUCUCAGGAAAGACUAGGAAGCCCCAGAGCAGCAGAAUGGGGGUGUACCCCCCUGCCAAGGGCUUCCCUGGCUCAGGUUGGAGCAGGAGCUGAUCCCAGCGCCUCCACUUUGGAUAGCUUUGGGAGCAGCAAGAGGAAUUCUUAUCAUUGGAAAAGGGGGGGGGGUCCCCCUGGGAGCCUUGCCCCCCCCUGCCCCCCUCCCCGCGCCUUCAUCUCAUGUUUUGGGGCGCUUUUGGGGGUUUUCUCACGGUUUUGGGGCUGGUGCCUUCGCUCACCACUACCCCCAGCUCUGCUGGGUGGGG